AUGUCGCGUGAUUUGGACGUUAUCAAGAUAUUGGCUUUAGGCCGUCCUUUUGCCAUAGGAAUGCUUUACAAUUACGUUGACGACACCACCGUACCUAAUCUUCGGAUAUGGGAUCCAGACCUCGUGUCCCGUUUGGCCGUAGUCGACGAGAAUGUGAAAUCAACUGCCAAAGUUCACUUAAAAGUACCCGAGCAAAUAGAUGAAGACGAUGGCAAUGUUGAUGGAGAAGAAGAACAGAUGUUGCUCACCGAUUUGGGAAUGGACGAUCACACGGCUAUGAGCGUGACAGCCGGACUAUUGCGUUCAUCUCUCAAAGGAGCUUGGCAAUACACGGCUGACUGGAUCGACCAGACAGAGGGAUUAUUAAAUCACGGAGUUCAAGUGGCAGUUCACUGUCGUUCUACCAUCAAGAAAGUGUCCGUCGAUCCGCAACUGGAAAUCAUCUGCAGACGUAAGAAAUUAGUCGACAGUCAGGCAACGCAUGUCGUUAUAGCCAUCACUUACGGACGAGAGGCCUUUUGCGUAUUUCCACAGGAACACGCCGAAAGUCAGAAAAACGAGCAAAAUAGCCACGAAACGAUCAUGGAAAAAACAAGAAAUUACGCAUAUUUGUUUCAAAACCGGCUGAUGAACGAUUGCGAAACAUUGGAGCCGAAUCGAGACGAGGAAGGUGACGAAGAAGACGGACGUUACGGGCCCAUUCCAAAGGAUUACAAAUGCCUUGUCUACAGUGAUGCAAUGGCAGUCAAAGGUGGCAAAAACUGGACAUUGAAGCCUGUCGCAGAGCAGUACGAAUCCUGCAGGAGGAUACUGAAAACAGAAAAGGCCAUUCCGCUGAAACGAAUUCGUUCCGAAGUAAAGGUGUUAAUUCAUCAACUGGACAGAUUGGCUGAUCGCCAGUGCAUCCCAUUGACCAUCAGCAAAAGAAUUAAAGACUUUAAUAAGUUGACGAUCGAAUUCGUCUCCGUUUUUAUCGAGACAUUGAGAGGGUGGACACUCGGCAUCCGCCGUGGAACAGCUGAAGAAGAAAAACUGGCUGAAGUUAUAGAUGCAUUAGAAACUCGAUCGCCGUUUGGUACUAAGAAGCUGAAACAUUGGCUCGAUCAUCACGGCAAAGAAAUCACGACUUUAGAAAGGCUGGCUCACUUACCCAGCGUAUUGUUUACUCCCGACAGGGCACGGUUACUAGAAGACCUCAAAACUGGAAGUGACGGGCUGGUUGCUGUUGUUCUUCUUUUGCCCAGAAAGCUCAUUAUUAAGCACGAUGGCAUGGCCAGAAGAGAACAGUGGCCAAAUCUCGCAAUCGGCUAA